AUGGAACAAAGUGGUUCAAGUUGUGACGGGGAUUUCAACAUUGAUAGUGAAUUCUUUGAUGAAAUUAAUAGACUCCUUGAUGAACUUGAUAGUGAAAGUUCUUCCGAGUUUGUUUAUUCUUCUAGUGGUUCAUCUUCUCACAACCAAAGUGGUUCAUAUUCUCCUCCCGAACGUCCCAGGCGUCCCAGCCGAAGAGGCUCUCGCAGAGUAAGUGGCUCAAGUUGUGCCGGGGAUUUCAAUAUUGAUAGUGAACUCUUUGACUUUGAUAAAUCUAGUUAUGCUGAACUCCUUGAUAACAUUAAUGAACUCUUUGCUUCAGAAAAUUUGGAAGAGCAUGACAACAUGA